AUGGCCAGCAAGGCUGACCACAACCAUUCCUCCCAGAUGCUAUGGCACGAAGCCCAGAAUGAGCCUCUCUUCCACAUGCUCAGUGACCCCAAGGCCUACGUGUUCACCUGUGUCAACCAGACCGCAGAGCAGCAGGAGCUAGAGGAUGAGCAGCAGCGGCUGUGUGAUGUCCGGCCCUUCCUGCCCAUGCUGCGCCUGGUGACCCGUGAGGGUGACCGCAUGGAGAAGCUCAUCAACUCACAGAUCAGCCUCCUCAUCGGCAAAGGCCUCCACGAGUUCGACUGCCUGCAAGACCCAGAAGUGAAUGACUUCCGCACUAAGAUGCGCCAGUUCAGCGAGGAGGCGGCUUCCCGCCGGCAGCAGCGGGGCUGGGAGGCCUGGCUGCAAUACAGUUUUCCCCUUCAGCUGGAGCCCUCCACCAGGAGCUGGGGGGACAGCAACACCUCUCAAAUCUCCAACCCAGACCUGCUGGUCAAUGUCAAAUUUGAGGGCAGCAGGGAGAGCUUCACCAUCCAGGUGUCCACCAAGGAUGUGCCCCUAGCGCUAAUGGCCUGUGCCCUCCAGAAGAAGGCCAAGAUGUACCAGAACCUCACAAUGGAGCAGCCUGAGGACUAUGUGCUGCAGGUGAAUGGGCGGCAUGAGUACCUCUAUGGCAGCUACCUGCUCUGUCAGUUCAAGCUGGUGGUGCAGGCUGGGCUCUUCCAUGGCAAUGAGAUGCUGUGCAAGACGAUGUCCAGCUUGGAGGUGAGCGUGUGCUCAGAGCCCAUGUGGAAGCAGCAUCUGGAGUUUGACAUCCACAUCUGUGACCUGCCGCGCAUGGCCCGACUCUGCUUUGCACUCUAUGCGGUGAUGGAGAAGGCCAAGAAGGUGCACUCUAGCAAGAAAAAACCCAAGAAGGAGGUGGGUUGGGCUGACUGGGAGAGUAUGCAGGAGGGCUCCCACCAGCAAGAGUGGUUGGCAGUAGUGCUGAGGUGCAGACGCCCUGCCAGUGCUGGCCCAGGCCUGGGGAGCUCACAGCAGGUAUACUUGUUGCAGAUUCUAGAGCUGGGACGUCACAGGGAGCAUGGGCCUACCACAAAGGAGGAGAAGCUGCAGCUGCAGGGAAUCCUGGAGCAGCGGGGGUUGGGAGAGCUGUAUGAACAUGAGAAAGACCUGGUGUGGAAGAUGCGGCAUGAAGUGAAGGAGGCUCUGGCCCACCUGCUGCUCGUGACCAAGUGGAACAAGCACAAGGAUGUGGCCCAGAUGCUCUACCUGCUGUGCUCCUGGCCCGAGCUUCCUGUCCUGAAUGCCCUGGAGCUGCUGGACUUCAGCUUCCCCGACUGCCACGUGGGCUCCUUUGCCAUCAGGUCCCUGCAGAAACUAACGGAUGACGAGCUUCUCCAGUGCUUGCUGCAGCUGGUGCAGGUCCUCAAGUACAAGUCCUACCUGGACUGCGAACUGACCCAAUUCUUGUUGGACCGGGCUCUGGCCAACCGAAAGAUUGGCCACUUCCUAUUCUGGCAUCUUCGGUCUGAGAUGCAUGUGCCAUCCGUGGCCUUGCAUUUUGGCCUCAUCAUGGAGGCCUACUUCAGGGGCAGCACCCACCACAUGAAGGUACUGAUGAAGCAGGCAGAAGCACUGAGCAAGCUGAAGGCCCUGAGCGACUUUGUGAAGGUGAGCUCCCAGAAGACCACCAAGCCCCAAACUAAGGAGCUGAUGCACUUGUACAUGCGCCAGGAUACUUAUCUAGAAGCCCUUUCACACUUGCAGUCCCCAUUGGACCCCAGCACGAUGCUGGCAGAAGUCUGUGUGGAAAGGUGCACCUUCAUGGACUCCAAGAUGAAACCCCUGUGGAUCAUGUACAGCAGUGAGGAGGCAGACAGUGGUGACAGCGUUAGCAUCAUCUUUAAGAACGGGGAUGACCUCCGCCAGGACAUGCUGACUCUGCAGAUGAUCCAGCUCAUGGACGCCCUGUGGAAGCAGGAGGGCCUGGACCUAAGGAUGACCCCCUAUGGCUGCCUUCCCACUGGUGACUGCACGGGCCUCAUUGAGGCAGUGCAGCACUCGGACACCAUUGCCAACAUCCAGCUGAAACAGAGCAACCUGGCUGCCAUGGCUGCCUUCAACAAGGAUGCCCUGCUCAACUGGCUCAAGUCCAAGAACCCUGGGGUUCCUCAGGCUCUCACUCAGAAUGCAGCAGAUGGUGGAAUGGAGCAGCAGCCCAACCUGUCAGUACAGACUGCACAGGUCUAUCCACAUCAGGCCAGGGUGAAGAAGGCCACCACUCCUGGGGGAAGCCCCAUUUGCCAUGAUGAGUGUGCUAAAAUUGCAGAUGUUGGGAGCCACGUGGCCUCCAGCUGGCUCUGGCCUCUCACCUGUGAAAACAAUGCUCAGGUCAGAGGGGUUCACUUCAAUGCCCUUCUGCUGCAGGUGAGCUUUGUCCACCUCCAGGUUCUGCUGGUUCCUCUCACUCCUCCAUAUGCAACCGCCUCAGAUAGCAGGGACUCUUGA